CGGAGCUAGUCUACAGAAACUAAGCCACUCUGCACUGGACAGGGAAAGAUGGAAGGAAAUAGUGAGGGAGGGAUUGGACACCAACGGGCGUUGAGUCCAUGGUUGUUGAUGACGAUGACUGGUAUUGAAGUCUCACAGAUUUGUCUAUUACAGUUCUGGGAAACAUGAAGUGAAGCUUAUUGGAAAAUAGUCUUGCCAAAAAAAGGAAAUGACCUAGAGGCCUUAUAUAUACAUUUGUGCAUUUUUGCUGCAGACUCUACAGUUGAAGGCAAACUCAAUCUGGAGCACCACUUAUUAGUGUUACAUUGGAAACUACUACCUCAUCAAACAGAAGGAGAAGAGAAGGCUUGCAAUAAUAAACACUCUAGUUUUUAAUAACAUACACUUGCAAAGUCUUCAGAAAACAAACCCUUUCUUUUCAGUAUUAAGAAGAGACACUACAAACAAACUGAUUUGACAGACUGGAUCUGUCAAGACAUGGAAGAUAUUUGAUCUGCUGACAUAAGGACUUGGUUUUUCAAGGAAAAAGUCUCUGCACUUCUUUUACAAUCACUGUUGACCGGUGAUUUUUUUUUUUUUUUGGUUCCACUUUUCCUGGUAUUACUAGUUGGAAAUCUCCAUUAAGGUAUUACUUCUAAAAGAUGAUUUACGUAUUAUGAACUUUACCAUCAGGUGUCAAAAAGUCCUGGCAAGAAAAUGGUAGGAGUUAGCUUUCUUCCCUUCAUAGUGCAUCUUAUGUACAGAGUGGAAUAUUAAAUGAAAGCAUAUUUUUUGAGUUACUUCAGCUUGCUUUUUGAGUACACUUUGUAACUGCAGCAGGGCUGCACUGAACAUUGAAAAUACUAAGUCAGCAAAUCUGCUGCCUUUUUUCUCUGCUGAUACAGAUUAUACAGACGUCUGCCCUUUUGAAAUGCCUUUUCUGAAACGUAUGUACACAGUCCUCCACUGUUACUAUACAUAACUACAUUUCUGAGGAAGGAAUUUGACAACUGAUUACUAAUCCAAGGAAUUUUUGGACAACUACUCACUUAUGUAUUGCUGUAGUGCACAGGAAAGUAAAAUGGACUACAAGCGGCGCUUUUUGCUUGGCGGGUCCAAGCAAAAAGUGCAGCAACACCAGCAGUAUCAAAUGCCUGAGCUAGGCAGGACCCUGAGCGCACCGUUGGCAUCCACUACCCCAACUUCCCCUUUGGUCUCCUCAGCUGCUGCAGGCAGCUGCAACCACCCUGUGUCCCAUACUACUCCGAUUGCAGACAUCCAGCAGGGAAUCUCCAAAUAUCUGGAUGCACUCAAUGUGUUUUGCCGUGCGAGCACUUUCCUUACAGACCUUUUCAGCAGUGUAUUUAGGAACUCACACUAUUCAAAGGCAGCUAUGCAACUGAAAGACGUGCAGGAACAUGUCAUGGAAGCAGCGAGUCGACUCACGGCAGCAAUAAAACCAGAAAUAGCAAAAAUGCUGAUGGAACUGAGUACUGGAGCUGCAAACUUCAAAGAUCAAAAGGAAUUCAGCCUACAGGACAUAGAGUUACUUGGACGAUGUUUCUUGACAGUGAUGCAGGUUCACUUUCAGUUUUUGUCACAAGCUUUGCAGAAAGUCCAGCCAGUGGCACACUCUUGUUUUGCUGAAGCUGUAGCUCAGGAAAGGAAGAAUGCUACUGGGAUGGGAAAUUCUAAUUUGAGCCCCACAACUGAACUAGAGGAUUCAGUACGAUCGUGGAGAGGAGCUGCAGAGGCCACAUCUCGGCUGAGAGAAAGAGGCUGCGAUGGGUGUUUGGCUGGGAUUGAGGUUCAGCAACUCUUCUGCUCACAAAGUGUGGCAAUCCCUGAGCAUCAGCUGAAAGAACUGAACAUGAAAAUUGACAGUGCUUUGCAGGCAUAUAAAAUCGCUUUGGAGAGUUUAGGCCAUUGUGAGUAUGCAAUGAAGGCUGGCUUCCAUUUGAAUCCAAAAGCUAUUGAAGCAAGUUUGCAGGGCUGUUGUAGUGAAGCUGAAGCCCAACAAACGGGAAGGAGACAGACUCCACCUCAGCCAAUUCAGUGUGAACUUCCCACUGUACCUGUUCAGAUCGGAUCCCAUUUUCUAAAAGGAAUAUCCUUUAAUGAGUCUGCAGCAGAAAAUCUGAAGCUGAAAACGCACACGAUGUUACAACUGAUCAAAGAAGCUGGUUGCCAUAAUGGACUUACACCCCGGGAUGACUCUCCUGUUACUGAAGUACUAAAUCAGGUUUGCCCUUCUACUUGGCGGGGAGCCUGCAAGACUGCUGUACAGCUAUUAUUUGGCCAAGCUGGACUGGUGGUUGUGGACACAGCGCAGAUUGAAAAUAAAGAAGCAUACGCUCCUCAGAUUAGUUUAGAAGGAUCCAGAAUUGUGGUGCAAGUCCCAUCAACUUGGUGUCUGAAGGAAGAUCCAGCAACUAUGUCUUUAUUGCAGAGGAGUCUGGAUCCAGAGAAGACUUUGGGACUUGUAGAUGUGCUCUAUACUGCUGUGUUUGAUAUAAACAGGUGGAAGGAAGGAAGGGAGCAAGCUUUGCCCUGUAUUCAGAUCCAGUUACAACGUGAGAUCUGUGACUUUGGGAAUCAAGUUGACAUGCCAUCUGGCAAUGGAAGCAAGUCUUCAGGAGGCCUGCAAAAGACUUUCUCAAAACUGACUUCACGGUUUACAAAGAAAACUUCCUGCACCAGUUCAAGCAACAGUGGAAGUUACUCUAUCCCUAGCACACCUUCCAAAAAUGUCUUCAUAGGUAACAAUGCAGAGGAAAAAGUGAAAAUGCCCAGUAAUAUAGACACACGGUUACAAAGCAUUUUGAACAUUGGUAAUUUCCCGAGGACUAUAGAUCCAUUACAGCCAACUCAGAGCACAAGUAACCAGAUAGUUAAUGGAUUUCUUGUUGAAAGGUGUGAUAAUUUCUUCAAAGCAGAUGAUGGCAAGGAUGAUAAAGGUAUGAAUUUACCAACUGACCAGGAAAUGCAGGAUGUUAUAGAUUUCUUGUCUGGUUUUAAUAUGGGUAAAUCCCAACAGACUUCUCCGUUGGUGAAAAGAAGGAACUCUGUUGUAUCUUCUACGUCAACAGAACAAAAAUCGGGAACAGUGCAACAGCAACCACAGUCUGUCUCUCAUACAUCUCUGCACCCUUCUCAGCAAGGAUUGUCACAGCAACAACAGUCACAAAAGCAGCAGCAGCAAAUGCAGUAUUAUCAACAUCUUCUCCAACCAAUUGGAACGCAGCAACAGCGUGUACCAGGCAAAUGGCUGACUAAUUCUUCACAGCAAUCAGCACAAGCAGUUGGGGCUGGAUUGUCUCAUAUUAGUCAAUGGAACAAUCCAGGCUUUUCAGAUCUGAGUUCUGAUUUGUAUAGCUUGGGUCUUGUGAGCAGCUAUAUGGAUAGUAUGAUGUCUGAGAUGUUAGGACAAAAACCACAAGGACCUAGAAAUAACACGUGGCCGAACCGUGACCAGAAUGAUGGAGUCUUUGGUAUGUUGGGAGAAAUUCUGCCUUUUGAUCCUGCAGUGGGCUCUGAUCCAGAGUUUGCCCGCUAUGUAGCCGGGGUCAGCCAGGCUAUGCAACAAAAAAGGCAAGCACAGCACAUCCGUCGCCCAAGCAACACACGUAGCAACUGGCCUCUUCCUGAUGAUCCUCACCGAACUUGGCCUUUUCCUGAGUAUUUCACAGAAGGUGAUGUGUCAAAUAGCUGGUCCGGUAAUCAAGGAGACUCAGCCAGCUCAAGUGAUGAGACUUCCUCAGCUAAUGGAGACAGUUUGUUUUCCAUGUUCUCAGGGCCGGACCUUGUUGCUGCCGUCAAACAAAGGAGAAAACAUAGUAGUGGUGAGCAGGAACCUAGCACACUACCAUCGCCACCUCUUCUUUCCACUGUAGAUGAUCUUAAUCAGGAUAAUAAAACCAAAACCUGGCCUCCUAAGGCUCCGUGGCAGCAUUCUACAUCCAUCACAAAUACACUGCCCAAUCAGAGUACAUCUUUGUAUCAGAUGAGUAACCCAGUCAGUCAGUGGAAUGACACAAUGCAGAUUUUACAGUCACCAGUUUGGUCUACAGCCAAUGACUGUGCUCCAUCAACAGGGAUUUCCUCCAAUUUUGCCUAUGCUCAGCAGCAACACUCACCACAGCAGCAGACUCCCCAGCACAAACAGCUGAAUAAGGGCUUUAAAUCUUUUCCAGUAAAGCACGAACGCAGACCAUCUUAUUUGCAUCAAUACUAAAUGCUUUUUUAUAUUGGAAAGAUUCAUCAUAGGGCCAAACAGUCUUAUAAGUUAUGUAUAUUAUCUUUGUUUCCCCUUUGUGUAUUGGCUGUGUUCUGGGUUGUUUUUUUUUAAUAUGUGGAGUGAAAACUUUAUGGUGAUGUACAUAGGUUUUAAAUUGUUUUACAGUGUUGAGCAAACAGCCAAUAUAUUUGUUAAAUGUACACAAAACAGUCAGAAACUGAGAUAUGAAAUGCUUUUAAAAUGUGUAUAUUAUCUUUACUUUUCAACCCCCUUUUUAAAAAUUGCUAAGAGUACCAUGCAAGACACUAUUUUAUAGCUAUUUUCAUAUAGAUUUAUAGUUAAACACCUGCUAAAAUCCUUGGACUAUUUUAGCAAAUAUAGUGGUUGCUUUUGCUCAACACUGUUCUUGUUUAGAUUUAUAAUGGACAAGUUGUAAAGUCUUUGUAUUCUAAGUAAACAGCCUGUGACAACUUUUUUAAUGAAGUGGGGCAGCAGCUUUUAACAUGCCGCACAGUGGGUUUGUUACAGAAGUGUUGCAAAAACCACUGCAAAACUGCGCUUUGCAGUAAUUUCAUUAAUGUAAAUGUAGAGCUGCUGGAAUCACUCAAAUUUGUUUCAAAUGUUUUUUGGGCUGCUGAAGGUAGAUGGUAUCUAUGUGGAUAUGACUACACUGAUUUUCAGAUACACAAUAUGAUACUUCUACAUUUGGCCAAAGGCAUUACCCCCACAGUGCUCCUUAAAUGUAUGAAACUAUAACUAAAAGACUACUUGGCAUAUAUUUAAAGUCUUAUUUCAGAUGCUACAUUUAGGGUAAAAACUGUGAGCUGGCUCCGAAGAAAAACUAGAUUAAAAUGUUGAGUAGCAGAUACUUAAAAUAUUAUGUGCCCUUACAAAGUGAACCUGUGGAAUUUGGAAUAAACUUCCAACCAAAGUGGAUCCAGGCGCGUGAGACUGGUGCUUAAAUUGAAAAAGAAAAAAUAAAUAUAUAUGUAUAGUUAUCCCAUUGUAUAUUAAUUGAAGUUACAGAAGAUUCUUUAUAUAGUUAAAGCUUAUUUAAAAAUGUUCAUAUUUCAUCUUUAAAAGAGUUUAAAUCAUAUUUUCUGGUAUAAAGUUUUGACAGUAUUAAUCUUAUUUUUGUAUUUUCUUAAAUCAUAAUGCCAUUCUAAUAUGUUAACUACUAGUAAAGUGGGGGUUUAGUUCUAACUACAUAUAAAUUUUUUUCAGUGAAGAUAAAAGCACAUUUAUGUUCCCAUUUUUCUACAAACUUAGGUACAUCUAUAUCUAAAGAUACCAAAAAAUAAAAUAUAUAUAUAUAAAAUAUACAACACUAAUACUAUUAAACAUUUGGGUGUUUAAAACCCAUUCACUCCUUUUUGUUUGUAUGGUGAUGGGCUGUAGUCACAGGCCCGGAAUGUUACCUUUGUGCUGUUUAAGGAUGCCAAUGUUGCCUGUAUUUGAUAUAUUGCCACCAUGUUUUCUGAAAAUUCAUACUUACCAUGUUUACAAAGAAUUGUUUGCUGUACAUGGACUUUUUACAGUAAUGUGUUUUGCACAAUCAGUGUGGCUUUUGUGUGUAAAUUGUUAAUGCUCUGUACUAUUUUACUUUUGAAAACCCUCUCCUGAAAGUGCUAGUGGUUACUUAGGUUGACAAAUGGUUUGGAGUUUCCUAAAGUGUGUUGAUUAACAUUUGAUCCUAAAUUUGGUUGUAUGUCCCAUUAUUACUCAUAUUAAAUCCAAACGCAAAUUAGAAUUAUUUAUAAUUUUGAACUUUUCCUAACAAGUGCCAAAACUGUUGCUGAAGUUUUUGUAAUGUAUCGGUAGUUACAAAUAAUGGCACUUUCUAAACUUAAUAUUGUGGAAACAAAAUUGAAACCAUUUCUCUAUCUGCAUUUUGACCAUGUAGGUGCUAUGCCAUUUGCUGCCGAUUGAUCUGAACACUGGUAAUUUUUUAAAUUGUUGCACUUGGUACACAAGUCUUGCCAUAAAACCUGUUUAUCAUUUACACUGCCAAGUGCAAGGGUUUGGUGCUUACCCUUACUGCAGUACUUCUUGUGAAUAGCUAAUGCUUCUGAACUGGAAUUGAACAUUUUGUAUUUUCCUUUUAAAGCGCCUGAAAGCAAAAUCUAUAUGCUUUAUUAAAGAUAUACAUUAAUAAUAAGUCAUACCUGUUUAAUAUGCUCCCCACUGAAAAUGAACAGCGCCUUAAGAUGCAACUUUAAUUUGUCAAUGAAAAGGUAUCAAGAAAUAUUAAUGUAAAAAACUGUCAACUGUUUACUUAAUGACUUUAGUGAGUUGUCUGCACACUAGAAUGUGGUAUCAAUUUCCUCCUUAUUUUGGGGCUACUCUACAAUGAGGAGAGUAAAUAGCAUGAUGAAUAUUGCAGAGUUGUUGAAAAGCAAUAGGUUGUAUUACGUCCUCAACAUAGAAGGCUUCUGCUGGUUAAUAUUUUCACUUAGCUUGCAGAAUAGCUGCUAAAGUCACUUUCCUUAUGCAUGGUUCACAAAUCUAAUGGAUGAGACAAUUACCUUUGCUUUUGGACAAAAUUACAAUCUGAUGCCAUUUCUUUUACAUUACAGUAAUUGUGUGACAAACACAAAAUCUGAAGUGUGCAGAAUGAAAGCCUGUUAUCUGUAUCUUUUUGCUAGCAAUGAAAUAUAUGAAUACGACAACUCAUUGAGGGGAAAAAAAACCCCAAAAAUCAGGCCAGUCUUUUCACUGAUAUCAAAGGAAUUGAUUUAGAGGUCUUUAUCAGAUUACAAAAUAUCUAACAUUGUCAAGCAAGUUAAAAUACUUACUCCACUUUGACAUUACUCAAACAAUGAGUAUUCCCUUAUAAAAUAUUUAAAUGCAGAUUUAAAACUCAUUUCCUAAGUAUUUCCACUAAGAGGAUAAUACUUACAUACUAUUUCUGAAAAUACACAUUACUGAAUAAUCUGUGAAAGAAAUCAGCUGUUCUUUUGUUGGAAAAUGAGAAAUGUAACCUCAGAAUAUUUGAUAAACUUUCAUGUUUAGGAGGGAAGCAACUACUCAAGCCACUUAAUACUUUGAAAUCUCUUUUGUUUGUCUAGCAGCCGUAAAGUAGGUUUCCUCUAACUCACUUGUUGCAUGAAUUUCAUACUAAUCCCAAAAGUGCUUUAGCUCACUGAGAAGAGCUUUAGUUCAAUCUUCAUAGAAUCAUAUUGCAAUGUAUCCUGUAAAUUAACUAUUGCAAUUGGUUGUGCAGCAGUUGACUGUGAGUGCAGCAAGAUGUAUCCUUGUAUUGCAUCUGACACAAAUUACUUACCCUGAAUUUUUGCCAACUUAAAACCAAGGUUUUUACAACUUAAAUGAAAAUAUUUUCAUUAACUAUAAAUAAAAUUAAAAUGAUUCAAACAGCUGUAUACUUAUGAUGUAGCAUGGGUUUAAUGAAAUGUAUAAUCUACAAGUGUUGGUUGUACUACAAACUGAGAUUUAAGAGUCUAAAUCCCUUUCCAGGAAAACUGGCCCAUGAAGAUAUUCUCAUCAGAGAUGAAGGUAGAAUGCACUACAGUAAAACUCCAAAUGCCCGGCAUCCGGUGGUCUGGCACCAACAGGAACCUGGAAGUGAUCUGGCCACCCAGACAACUGGAGCUGCUCUGCACUGCUUCCCAAAGUCUGACGCUGCUGCUGCUGAAACUGACCAGCUGCAGACCUGGGGAAGUGGGGUGGAGCACAGCAGCUGGGUUGCUGCCCAGUUGGUCCUGCA